GCAGGCCGGUAGGACGCGGAAGAGGAAGAUGGCGGCGCCGAGCCUCCCCACGCCGUUGUACGGGCACGUGGGUCGCGGAGCCUUCAGCGACGUGUACGAGCCUUCGGAGGACACGUUCCUGCUACUGGACGCGCUCGAGGCGGCGGCGGCCGAGCUAGCCGGGUGCACCGACAUCAACCCCCAGGCAGCUGCCUGUACCCUGGAGACAGCCCGCUGUAACAGAGUUCAAGUUCAGCCAGUGAUUACAGAUUUGGUCCAAGGCUUGCUGCCCAGAUUGAAGGGAAAAGUUGAUCUGCUGGUGUUUAACCCCCCCUAUGUAGUGACUCCUCCUGAAGAGGUAGGAAGUCACGGAAUAGAAGCAGCUUGGGCUGGUGGCAGAAACGGUCGGGAAGUCAUGGACAGAUUCUUCCCACUGGCUCCAGAACUUCUCUCCCCAAGAGGACUGUUCUACUUAGUUACCGUAAAAGAAAACAAUCCAGAAGAAAUUUUUAAAAUACUGAGGACAAAAGGUCUGCAAGGGACCACAGCACUUUGCAGGCAAGCAGGCCAAGAACUCCUGUCAGUGCUCAGGUUCAGCAAGUCCUAGUGUCCCGAGAGCCACCAGGGAACUCGGAGAACUGCCUGGAGCUGAAUGCGCUCCCUCAGUAGGUCUGAGACUGAUGCCAUCCUCUGGCCAAGGAAUUCUUAUCAGAAAUUUGUCACAGCAAAAAAGAUAGAGUCGGGGUGGUGGCAGCGCACGCUUUUAGUCCCAGCACUCAGAAGACAGAUGAGGCCAGCAGACCUGAGUUCAAGGCCAGUCUGGUCUACAGAGACAAUUCCAGGACAGCCAGGGACACAGAGAGAAACUUGGUCUUGAAAAAGAAGGAAAGAAAAGGUGAGGCUGGAUGAAUGCCUAUGAGCACUGGCUGCUAGUACAGAAGACUGGGGUCCAAUUUUCAGCACCCACAUGGUGGCUCAGUCACCCUAACUCCAGUCCCAAGGGGUCUUGCUCUUUUCUGACCUCCAUCAUACCAGGCACACGCAUGGUAUACAUACAUAAUACACAGCACUCAUACUCAGAAAACAAAAUAAAUUUUAAAAAGAUGUUCUAUUUAUGAUUUGCAUUUGUUAUAUUUAUAUGUGAAAGAAAGGAUGUUUGAUUUAGCAUUAGCUGUAACAGCAAAGUAAUAUGAUCACCUUAAAUGUCCAUCAGAAAGGAUACUAGUUAAAACAAACCUUAGCUAUCUAUUCCACUGAACAUACAGCCAUGGAAGCAGUCAACAUACACAGAAAUGUAUUUGAGAUAGAUAGGCAUUCUUCAAACCUUUCAAAGACCUACAGAAUAUGGCAUUUAAAAUGGCUUAGGGUUUUUCUUGACAGUAAGACAUAACUGUUCCUGGCAAAACCACCCUGCGUCAGAAAGGAAGAUGGACAUCAAAGAAACGCGUUAUGAAGUUUACUUCCAAUAUGGCAAGACUAGCCAUUUGGACAAGAUACUGCUCUUGUCUGGACUGUUUGACUUUAUGCUGUAUAAACUGAACAUGCAGGACCCACAGAAAAGUGAUUGCUGAUUCAAGAUGGACAUUGCUACAGAGUUCCUGCUUCAUGGAAGAGUCUGCCAGACAGUCUGCAGGACACAGAGGAAAGUGACUGACAAAUUGCCAAUACAAGAAGAUAGUUUAAAGUUUCCUGCUUUGCUAAAGAGUCUGCCAGACACACUAUGGCCUAUGGGCUGAAGAUGGAAGAUUACAGAACUUCGGGUGACCAGGCAGUGAGUUGUCUCUGUCAUUUCUAGAGCUUAUA